AUGACUUUUCUACGAUCUGAGACGUAUUACUUCCCUCGUGGGGACGUUGUAAUACAGGUUGAAAGUAUUUUAUUUAGACUGCACCGGGACAUUCUGGAGACGCACUCGUACUUUUUCCGCGACAUGUUGUCCAUACCGAUCCUCGACGCGGGAGAGGGGGCCGCCGACAACAAUCCACUACGCCUCCCGCGUGACCUCUGUUCAGCCCAGUCGUUCACGAGGCUAUGUCAAUUCAUUUAUCCAAUGGAAGUUGGCAAGCUACCAACUAUUCGGGUCAAGGAUUUUAGCGCUUGGGAGCCAGUGUUGGAGGCCACUCUGGCCCUCCAGAUGCCUGGCAUUCAACGAUAUAUCAUGUCAGGUUUUGAAGUAGACGAGGAUAAUAUCCCAUCGCAGGCGAUUAAUCUUCUUGGCUGGGCUGUGCGUUGUGACACCCCACUGGAGGCUCUGAAGUUCGAGUGCUUCAGAACUCUUGCUUACCGACGCCAGGCACUCUCCCAGGAAGAGGGAAUGUUCUUGGGGGCCAAGACGACCACGACCGUGAUGCGGAUUCGGGAACGGAUUCGGAGUUUGUUUAUUUUCUCCGAGACCCUCCAAAAGGAUAUUCGCCCUCAUGGUACAUGUGGGACGCGGGCUGCUUGCCAAAAGUAUGUCUUCCAGCAGAUUGUUAAGAAUUUAACAAUGGACACGUUUGGACCCGAAACCCCCGAAGAUUCCCAAGAUAAUGCAGAUAUUUUUCAAAUCGACUCGGGGGGGUUGUAUUGCUACGAAUGUGGGCCUACGCUUAUCGAGAUUGCACGGGCUUUGAGACAAGCUAAGCUUGACGAAGAGCUGCACCGUUGUGUCAAUGGGAUGAAGCUGUAG